AUGGUGAACCGUCUGCACAUGCUGCAUCUGAGUACGACGGUGUUGCAGGCAUUGGUCAUUGAACCCUACCAUGAUCAACAUGCUUUCCAAGUGCUUUUCGUUUGGAUUUCGACGGGCUGCUUGAAGGAUUUGGAGAACGAAGGCAAGGUCACCAGCUUUCUUUUCAAGAUUUGCAUAAUGAGAAUGCUGCGCCAUAAAAACGUCAUCGGAUUUAUUGGUCAUCGCUGCGAGGAUGACUUCUAUUACGUAUUUCUGGAAUAUGCAUCGGGUGGCGAGUUAUUUGAUCGCAUCGAACCUGACAUCGGUAUGAAGGAAAGAGAUGCACAAUUUUUCUUUCGACAGCUAAUCGAUGGGAUGGAGUAUAUUCACAGCAAAGGAGUGGCACAUCGUGACAUCAAACCUGAAAAUCUCUUGCUCACUAGCAAAGACGUGUUGAAAAUAUCUGAUUUCGGGCUGGCGACCAUGUUCAGAAAUCGUCAAGGUGUCGAGAGACUACUGGAUACCAAGUGUGGAACUAAACCUUACGUCGCACCUGAGGUGCUUCUCAGGGAGUAUCGUGCCGAGCCUGCCGAUAUUUGGAGCUGCGGCGUGGUGCUGGUCGCAAUGCUUACCGGAGAGCUGCCUUGGGACGAGCCGAAGAGCGACUGUGAGCGCUUCCUUGAAUGGAGGGAGUGUAGGUCCUGGCGAUGCUUGCCGUGGAAAAAAAUCGACAACGUUGCCCUCUCGCUGCUGCGAGCCAUUUUGUCUUGUGCAUCGGAGACACGGGCCACCAUUAAGCGAAUCAGAGAGCACCAGUGGUUCAUAAAGGACUUCAAUGCAACGAGAGUGAACCACAUCACGGCCACGGGCGGUAGUGACCCUUGCAAACGACCGAAGUUGGAGGGCCUAUCAAAGGAGGACUUAUUGAAAAGCCGGUUGAGGGUCGGAAUGUGCAGUUUAUCACAGCCAGAGACGACCAGUUACCAAUCUCCCUGGCAAGCAGCCCCGAUGGCUGCGUCUGAGUCGACAGUCGUCAGCAUUUGUCGUGAGUUCAAGCUGUCAAUGAGCACCAGACCACGGGUCGACCUCUCUUACAACUUCUCACAGCCUGCCAAGCUCGACAGUCUCUUGCUGUCCUCCCAGCCGAGUCAGCCGGGAGCAGGAACGAAUCCUAUCGAAAAUCUGGCAAAGCGAAUGACCAGGUUCUUCCUGAAAAUGGACUUUGCCCAUGUACUGAUCAAAAUCAAUGACGUUUGUACCAAACUGGGCAUGGUCGUCAGUGUCACCCAUCCGUCACAACUGACAGUCCACACCUUCGACUGCCGUCGUACACCGCUCGUUUUCAAGGUCACCGUCUUCGAUAUGGGUUCGAACGUUUUGGUCGACUGUAGAAGAUCCAAAGUAAGCGAUUAA